GAAUUUUGCUACUAUUUUCAGGAGGCUCUUCACUGUUGUGUUCUAUCUCCCUUUCUCCUGAUUACACAACACUAAUAUUAUAAACAAACAUCAACAAUAUGGACGCAAAUGGCAUCUCAUCUUCUUGCAACAAUGAUGACAACAUCUCAUCUUCUUGCAACAACAACAAUGACAACAUCUCAUCUUCUUGCAACAACGAUGACAUCUCAUCUUCUUGCAACAAUGAUGAAGACAUCUCAUCUUCUUGUAACGACGAUGACACCCUCUCAUCUUCUUGCAACGACGAUCCCUAUCCUAUAUCUCAUGAUGAACAAAUCCGAGAUAUUACAGUUAGAUUUGUAAAAGGGAGCGUCUUAUUCAAUUUUUUCAACCAAGAGAUAAAAAAUGGUGUAAUGGCCAAUAUCAUCCAAGAGAUAGAGAAUCGUAACCUUAGUAUCACCAACUACAAUGCUAUUCCACUCAAUGGUGGUUCAACUUUUAACGUAACUAUUGUGGCUCAGAAGGAGCCAAAUUUCAAUCUAAGCCAAGAUGGCCAACAAGAUUUUGUGAACUAUUUUCUUAACUCCAUUUGAUUAGAUACGUUAUAUUACUUUAUAUAAAUGGAGUAAUUUGUAACCAUCUCUCAUUGCAGAGUUACGUUUGUGAUGAGCAUGUUGUGAAAUUAAACUCCGUAAAUUAAUUAAUUUCAGAUGCUACCUUACUAGUCAUCAUGUUGAUAGUAAGCUAGCUAAGCAUGAUAGUUGGACUCUUAAGGUUUAAUAUUGGUGUACAAUGUUGAGAUCGAUUCAUCCAUUAA